AUGUUGUAUUCUUUGUUUCAGUGUAUCUAUGGCUGCUACGUCCACUCUGCUAUACUACCAACGUUCCAUCGGAGAUGUUAUUGGCUGCUACAGGUAAAUCCGGACAUCGUAUUGGUCCAUUAUUUGAAUGUACCUUACCCGGAUGACAACAAGUUGGCAGUGAUCACGCCAAGUUUGGCCCUUUGGGCAGACAAGAAGGAAUGGACGAAAGACGAAUUGGUGUCCCAACUAAAACCCAUGUUCUUCAGUGAGGACGAACCUGAUCUCAACAAUGAGUUGGAAAUAUCGACGGCAGAAACUGUGGAAGCCAUUGUUGGCCAACUGAUGGAGAAACAGAGAGUGGCCAGGCAGGCUGCAUUGGUAAAACAGCUGGAGUGCGGUUGUCCAGACUCAACAUGUGCUGAUGGCAAAAGCUGUUCUCAUCCGAUGCGAAGGAUAGGGUCGAAAGAAGGGCAAAAUCCAGGACAGGGCUGCAGGACACCAGAGGGAAGUAAUCAAGUUUCUUCCACCACGGGGACAGGCUCGAUGAUGUUGAACAACAGCUCGCCGCGAGUCUACUCCCGUGACUCUCGCACCCACCAAUCAUCCGCCAGCAAUCAAAACACUUCAAACACAGGCAAUCCAACAAAUGGAGGUAGCAGUUGUUCUUCAAGCUCCGGAAAUACGCCGCCAUUGGUCCUUAGUUUGAGCCAAAUCCAAGGUGGUGGGGGAUUGCUUAUACUCAACAGCAGCAAUUCGUCUAGUGGUGCGGGUCAGAAUCAACAGAGCCAUCUUGUCAAUCCGGUGUCAGUAGCCAACUUCGUGUGCAACACCAGCAGGGGUAUGCAAAAAGAAAGUAGAAAUAGUAGCCAUCUAGUGCUGAAACAAGAAGUGAUGGACACAAAUCCUUCGUCGUGCCUGCAUUCCUCCAAACAGAGUUCAAAGUCUAAUCAAAGAGAAACGAAAAUGGAAAUCAACGAUAACCUGAGACAAUCAAUGUUCAGCGACGCGGCCAUGUAUCCCAACACAUCGUCCGUUUCUGCUUCCAGAUCGAGGUAUUAUUACAGAUCCACCCCGGUGCACCACCAGCAGGAAGUUGUGAUGUCUAGCGUCCCUUCAACCCCCUCCAAGCACAUGGACACCUCAGGUGGAAGUACCAGUAGAGGCGGAGGCCAAGAGGAAGCUGCUGCUACAGCAGCUGCUGAGGACUACCACAAACAGCACCAACAGGGCAACGGGUACUGCGGGGAUACGGUGGUACUGCUCGGUACUGACUCCAGAGGGUCGAUUAUCAGCAAGAGUGAUGGGUCAUCGAUCAUCAACGGGGGAUUCUUCAAUGAGACCCUGGACCUCUCCCAGGAAGACAUCCAGCGCACCUUAUCGGCAAACAUGCCUUUGUGUCCGGAACUUAACCCGCAUGGUAACUCUACUCGCAAUGAUUCCAGUAGCACGGUUGAAGAUCAUCGUUCUGGUGCCACACCCAAAACUAACCACCACACGGCUCAACAGUCACACAGCUCCCAUCAUCACCACCAAACCACCGAAAUCAACCCAAUGGAUUUCAUAGACAGCUGCGACGUUGUCGUAUCGCCCACGCAUGUUGUGGACGAUGACGUAUUCGUCAACCUCGAUGCGUUUGACAUGUUGGGAGAAUUCCCGGAAUUAGAAGGGUUGGACACGGCGUCCGGACACGCAGGCCUGCUAGAUGUCAAUCCGUCCGAUAGCAGCAGAAGUAGUGGUAAAACGGAUCCUCAACAGCACCAAUCAGCCAACCAUUCGCUGGAAGCUUCUGCAAAGAUCACAGACUACUCACCGGAAUGGGCGUAUCCAGAGGGGGGCGUGAAGGUGUUGGUGACUGGGCCUUGGCACUCGUCUGGCCCAUACACUGUCCUCUUCGAUACAUUCCCUGUACCUACCACGCUAGUACAGAGCGGAGUGCUCAGGUGCUACUGUCCAGGUAAGAAAAUCCUUUGUCAAUGA